CUUCCAUUAUGCGAACUAUUGGCAGCGUGUUAGAUGAGAACUAUUUUGAUUUUGUUAAUAUUUAUAGUAUAUUCGUCAAUGUGUGUAAUAUUUCGUAUUUACCGAUUACUGUAUAAUUGAUGAAUAAAUUUAUAUAUGCGCGAUGUCUCGUAUAUCGCAAAACGAUACGGUUGGGAACAGUGUUUAACGUACUUCGCAGUUGUAUAGUAGCGGUUUUAAAAUGCUCGCACGCGUAACAAGAUGAAUGAGAGACAAUACUGAUUUCGUAAUACGAUUCCAAAUUACGUUGUUACUGUAUUCUUCUAAUAAUUAUCUUCUGUCGCACGUGCAAUUUCAAUUUCGAUGUACCUGUUAAGUGAUUGUAUGGGAAAAUUGUGAGAUUUGGCGCCAACAUAACCUCAUUUCGAGUUGCGAGUACGGUUUUUAAAUGCAACUUUUAGCACGUAAAAUAUUUCGGUAGCCUGCGUAAGACAUGAAGGAGUUUGAAGAAGUCAACUGCGAGAUUCGCAGGAUCGUGGACCUUCCACUCUCUGUGUCAAACAGGUUGAGAAAUUUAGAGACAGAAGAUCAGAAUCAAUCUACGAUUUCUCAAGAACACGACAUUAACAAUUGCUAUGGAGGAUUUCUGCAUAAUGCAAUGUAUGCAUGGUUAAGUUAUGAUUGCUAUUUUGUAGUUUUCAAUGCAAAAACAGGAGAAAGCAUCAGUAGUUGGACAUUUCGUGGAACUGUAACAUCGAUAUCCCAAUUUCCUACACAAUCUGGAGACUUGCCAUUGCUGCUGGUUGGAAUAGAUAACAGAGCAAGUAAACCAAAGGAUUCUUCUGGAUUGUUGUGCAUAUUUGACUGCACUGUUUCUCGUGUUUUAAGAGCAAUUCGUAUGCCAUGUGGGAUAGAAAAGGUAUGCGUUGUAUCAGGUGGUGCAGAAUGGGAAGAGUUCAAUGAAAAGAGACCAGAUAACAUACUAAACGAGAUGGAUGGAAUAGCCUGUGUAGUUUUACAUGAUCUCCAGCAUAUCAUGAUCGAUCUUCGGAGAUCUACAUGGGAUAUACAUGAUUUAUCUGUCGUGAUGGAUGAAACAUCACCAGCAGAGAUGGACCUGUUAACCAAACAAGUCGGCACCAGACAUCAAUUUAAUCAGGAGAGACACGCGGCUUACAAUUUGCUAAAUAGUCGUAUAGAAAAGUAUAUUGGCUUCAAUAGGGAAGAAUUCGAAUCGUCUCCUUUAGUCAGUGAAAGUUUAACUACAGCGAUCGUUAGUUCCACGAAGAUCGGCUGUUUGAUUUCCGGCUGCUUAGGUAGAGUGAUAAUUUGGCAAAACGACGGUUCCGUGGGAUGGAUCAGUGUGCCUAUCGAUGAAAACAUGGCGGUCACGCAUUUGGCCUUAUUGGAGCCUACAGAUGAUCCUAGACCAUUUUAUUAUUUAUGGGUAGUGUUCCAGGAUGAGUCGUCAUCGAAGACACCGUCUGUGUUGCGAAUGUACGCUAUGCUGUUUGAGAGGAAAUACUGCGAUCGUGGAAUGAAUUUGUAUUUCAAUCUGGAAGCCGAUCCCAAUUUGAAGUUUGAAUUCGAGUUGAAUGAGAACGAUAGAGUCAUCGGUUUAUGCACCAUCGAGAGAGAAACCAAUCCGGAGCAGACGGACUCAGGUGUCAAGAGAGGCGAGGAUAAUUUACUACUUAUCUCCACCAGCGAGAGAACACUACUGUUUGACUUAAAUCAAUGGUACAAAGAGCAAAUGCCUCGCACCAUUGACGAGUGUCAGAAUCCAAAUAGCAUUUUGGCGACUUAUCGCGCUAGAGCGCACUUUUUGCAGCAAAAGUACGAUCGCAUUAUGAGUUUCGCAUACGUUCCGCUGAGCUUACAAGAGUUUCCUAGCAACGGGCCGAACUCGCCUGAGGAAUUGUUCUAUCCCAAUUCUUUAUCGCUUGAGUGGAUAGAACUGUGCCCGACAGGACUAACAUUCUGGAUGACUCGCGGCAUUCAAGCGGAUUUGCUGCGUGAAAUGGCCAUUGCCGGUCCAGUUAUACUGUUACAACCAUCCGAGACGUUUCACCGAUGUCUGUCCGUCGGCUUGAUGCCGUUCAAUUCGGAAUUCUCGCUCGCAAGUGACUACAAUGCGCAGCGGGAGAUGUUACUGUCGCUAUGCCUUGAGCAACGGUGGUCCACUUUCUUGGUAAAGUGUGCUUUAGAUUGGGCUGACGGUAGCGCCUCGUACCUAUAUUCCAGUUUCCUCAAAUGGGGUGUUCAAAGAGCUUCUACGAUAAAAAUGCUCGCUGAUCGACUCUGCGUCCCGUUGUUUGAUCAAUCAGGUAGUGGUAUUGGCGAGGCUGACGUGAGGACGUUGCGAUUCUGUUCCCAGCAAUUGGAGUGCUUAUCCAAUGUGGUGGCCAAAUUACCAUUUGGGACAGCAGAUCUGACAAAUCAACGAAGGAUGCUGAAACGCGUGUCCAUGUAUUUCCAGGUGCUGCUCUGGUUCUAUGACGUGGGGCUAUUACCUGAGACACAGGAAUUGGAGGAGGAGAGUACCUUACCUAUCUCCUUAGCGCUAAAAGUGCCUUAUCCGUACGAAAAACUUUCAACAUCUUACAAAGAGAAACGAGCGCAAGCUGCUCGAACGACUAAAGAAAGUAACGACGAUAAAAACGAGGAAGAAGUGCUGUUCAUCGACGAGCUGAUGACGCGAGAGUGCUCCGUGUUGAAGGAACAAUGGGAGAAAGAAGGCGGUGUGGGUGCCUUAGGCGGCUGUUAUCCACCGCCGUCACUGCAAUCUUUAUUACGAAGUUAUUUGACGGAUUGUCAUCACAUAGAACCGCACGAAGUCAGCUAUAAGCACCAAAUUACUAUAUACCUAUUGAUGGAUUUGGCGAUGCUGUUGCAACGACUAUACCCUGGUGUGGAUCAAUUGAUCAAGUAUCCAUCUGCUUUCAAGAUGAGUCCCAGCCUCAUUAAACUCACUCAGGCGUUCUGGCUGCUCGAUCACGAGGACUACCAAGGAUUUCUCGAUAUGAUGACCGGCCAGCUGGUGUCCGAUUCGGACGUCAAGGAUUGGCAUCAUCGAUUUAUAUUGCGUACACUAGUACGCAACAAUCAGCACAAGCUGGCUCUCGUGUAUCUCCGCGUGAGAAAACCUCCUUUAUCGUCUAUGGAGGAGCAAAGUGUCGCCGUAAGUUUGUCGGUGGAACACGGUCUGGUACAGUCAGCCUUCCAUCGCCGGCCACCCUGUCACUAUGAGCAACUGCUGACCUGCUUUUUCCGCGCGUGCAAAACCUACGGUAAACUCGACGAGAUUCUGCACUUGGCGCUGGACCCCGAGGAAGAAGAGGUAUUUGUGAAGUUCCUGGAGGAGAACAAGACGGAGGAUGUACGACUGUUGUAUUACUUGCAGCGAUGCCGGUAUACGGAAGCGAUCACUAGUGGUGACAAUCAUCAAACGAUUGUGCGCUAUCAGUCGAAUUUCGCCGAAGACGCACAGCCCAUGCUUAGCAUGCUCGGCGCGUACAACACGACCUUGCCUGACAUUACGAAGCGCUUCUCCGUGAAUGCAGCCGCGACCAACUUGGAUGUAGAUCUGGAAACCCGCUAUCCCAGGCCAAUGUCGCAUUGUAAAAGUCACGAUCAACUGCGCGGUAUACACGAAGCAGUGAUUACGAAGGCGCGGGAAACCUAUUUGCGAGGUGAAAAGUGUCAGAUUCCGUUCGUCAGUGCACCCUGCACAUCGUUGAAGCUGAACAAUCAAGGUUCCAACGUGAAUUGUGUGCUGUUCCCGGUACGAAAAACCCGUCGCAUCAACAAACGUACGGUGAAUCAGAUUUAUGAGAACGUCGAGGAUACAAAUGACGAGAUGGUGGACAGUGCAAAACGUCGUAAACUGUCAGACGGGACUGUCUCGCCGAAUAGAUCAAAUGGAAAAACUAAAGAAUCGGAAUUAAGCUUUGCGACGCCUCUAGUGAAACGCAAGUUCAAUGCGUCCACGAACAAAGACAUCGUCUCGGAGACACCACAGUCGAUCCUGAAGAUAAAGCGUCUCAUAAGAAGCUCGCCUAUAUCGCCCACAACUUCAGUUCAAGAGAAGAUCACGGACAGGUUAGUCGAUAAUCAAUCGAAGAAAAUUAGCAGGCAAAUACGAUUCAGCAUCAAUCAGCCCAAGAAAACCUUACAGUAUGAGGAUGAAGACGAAAAGAAGGAAGAACACGAGAAGAAGGAGAAGGUGGAAGAUGAGAAAAAUGAAGAUGAAGAGCAAAACAACAGCAUCUUGAGCGAAGGCAACGACGUGUUCCUCAGUCCUAAUGCAAAAGACAAGUCGUAUAACGAAACCGCGGUCCUCAGUGCUAACUCCAGCAACUCCAGCAACUUUAGCAGGAGUUACUGUUUCCCACGUCCGCGACCUAGCCUCAGAAGAAGUGCCUUACAAUCAUCCGUAGAAAUGUUCCAAGAAUCUCUGUCGAGUAACGUAGGGAGAGCGGCUAGUGACACAUUGCCCAUCAACACGUCCGCAAAAACUUCGUUAGCUGCUGACGAGGCCAACAAACCGCCUGCAUUCACUGUGAAUACAUCUGGAAGAUGCAGUUCAUUAUUGUCGGCUGCUUUCGGCGACUCUACUACUAUACUUUCCUCCAACAGUAAUGUUGAUAUUACCGACUAUUCAUUGCAGGAGCUGAAAAGAGCUACUCCGCAGUCUCGCUGGAGCUUUUCUGUGGAGAAGAAUCGUAUAAGUAAAUUUAUUUCAUCCACUCCAUUGACGAAAGGAAUAGUUUCAUUAAAGCGCGCGAAUAAUGAGCAAGUAGUCGAUGAGGAUAUCAAGGAGAAAGAUGAUAAAGAAGAGGAAAAGAAAGAGGAGGAGAUAGAAGAAAAAGAGGAUAUGAAGUCGAAAUUGUCUGUAAGAAAUACGUGCAAAAUUGAAGAAGAGCUUGAUAUGUUAAGUGAAUCCGAAAGGUUCUCGAGUAUUGAACAAUCUGCUUAUGAUAGAAACGAGCUUCCGGAGCAGCAAAGUAGCUUAAAGGAAAACGUACAAAAUGAGCAAGAUGAAAGCAAGUACAACAAUGGAGGUAUCACGAGGCGAGAGACUUUGAAUGUUAAUGAGGAACAACCUGCAUUUUCUAACCCUGAGAAGGUCGCGGAACCAAGUCUGACUGCCUCGGACAAGUCUGACGAGGAGCUCCUUCAACUACAGUACAGUCUCGACGACGACGAUGAGGUAUUCAAGAGUCUAUCUACAACUCUGGAAGAUGCGCAGAUGCAGGUGGAGAGCGAAGUUCCUAUUUCUUGCUUACCAGAUGUCUGGAAUCCGGAGGAGCACGAUCUCGACAAGAAAUCCAAUGGUUUGAAGGAGUCCAUGCGACUGACAGGCGACAUCGAUUUUACUGACGACGAGUCGAUGAUGAGUAAAGACGCGAUGAUACUCUACGAGUCGGACGACGUGAACGAGAAGAAAAUAUACUCGACUGUGACUACCCAUUCAGAAAGUAUAUUAUACGACAUACCAAACAUCACAGAUGAUGAAUCCGACAGCAGUGUUAAAGAGAUCGAGGAAUCAAAGACGAAGAACGGCAAAUUGUCGGAUUUACCGAGACGAUAUGCUACAAAGCAAAGUGUCGUCGAGGCCGAAAAGAAAAGUGAAUCCGACGAAACGAAUGGAAAGUCAGAUAGAAGAGAUAACACCGUGAGGAGAGAUAUAAGUGAAACUCCAGCUUUGCCUGACGUUGAAUUUCGAGAGAAGCUGUCGGAGACUGCGAGUUCCUCGAAGUGUAAGAGAAAUCAAAUCGAGUCCCAGGAUGAUCAAUCCGCGCGAGUGACUAGAUCGCAUAGAGCGAGUUCGUUAACGAAAGAUAUAGUGGCAAAUACUUCGUCAUCGCAAGUACUAGAGAUGGAAAGAGUCACGCGUUCGCGAAGAGGAAGUUCGGUAGCGAAAGACACAGUCUGUCCGAUGAAUUCUUCAUCGCAAGAUAUAAUUGCUGAGAAACUGCCGCGAACACGAAGAGCGAGUUCGAUGGCAAAAGAUUCGUUGACGGAUUCUCCAGCACAAAGUGCAGACGAAUUUCCGCGAUUGCGACGCGCGAGUUCAAACACGUUCGAUUCAUUGGCCGAUCCCUUAACACAGGAAACAGAUGUCGGCAAGUCAUCGCGAUUAAGGAGAGCGAGUUCAACAAAAGAUAUUUCUUUGUCAGUGAAACCACGUUCUCGCAGAGCGAAUUCCCUCGUGAAGGAGGUGCUGAUGAGCUCAACGGCGACGGACGAGGAUCUCAGGUCAGCGGCUUCGACAGAAUUGGUAGAUUCCAUGGAUACAUCAAUGUUGGUCAAGAGAGGUCGCAGUAGGUCUACAUCUGUGGCGAAGGAGAUUCCCCCAUCGGACCUCAAGGACAGUAAACUUGAGAACGUUAAGAAUGAGCCAACAGUGCGGAGAAGCGCAAGGCUCACGUCUUCCAUGAAAAAAGAAUCACAAGUGAGCGCAUCGAGGACUCGCACCAGAUCAGAGAGCUCAUCAUCGUUGCCUAAACAAACGAGCGACGAUGAAGAGGUAGAAGAAGUCGAUAGAACGAAGAAUAGUACGAAGAAGUCUGUGCGCGCCAAGAGAUCUUCAACGAUGACAAUGAGCAGAUCCUUCACGGCGGAUCUAGAGAAGCAACCGGAGGUGAUUAAAGCCAGUCGAGGUCGACGUGGUAGCUCAGUGCCUAAAGAAAUCACAGUACAGACUGGAAGGAAACGUAGGUCUAGUAGUAUAAUUAGAGAAAUUAUUCCGGAAGAUGCUGAGCUUUCUCUAGAGUCUCUGGAGAGUCCGAGGAGACUCAGGAGUUCCGUCACGAGAAACACGAAAGAGAUUGUCGACAGUCCAGCCGUAAACACACGCAGACGUGGCAUAUCGAUACAGUCUAUACCGGAGGAGUUGGAAGAAAUCUUAAGUCAAUCGUCAUCGAGGGAGACGAGAUCCACAGCUCGAAAGGCAACUGCGCAUGUAAACGCCAGAGAGAGGAGAGCGGCCAGUGCGGACGUGUCGUACAAACAAGUGAAAAUAAAGCUCAGGAGAAUUAGCAGUAUGAGAAGUAUCGUGGAAGAACCGAUAGCGGAGGAGCCUGUUGGGGAGAACGAGGAUAGAAGGGAACUUAGAGAAGAGGCGGAUAGCAAAAUCACGCGGGAUGUUGCUCCUGCACGUAGAAGAAGGGCUGCGUCGACCACAGCGAUAGAGGAUACGAAGAAGGAUGAAGCGACGCAGCGAAAUCGAGGCAAGACGCGACGGACAAGUGUGAAUGAAGAAAACAGCAAUCUAUUCUCUUUCUCUCAGCCGGAGAAAAUGGACGACGUACCGUUGGAUGAGAAAGAUAUUGGAGAAGUUCCGAAUUACGUUUUCUCGUCGCCGCAUACCAGAUCCAAAAAUAUUUUACCGAAUCAGCAUCGUAGAAAACUAAGCUCAUUCAUACCGAGUCCUUAUCAGGAAGGAGAAGAACAUCCUGCUAUUCAGAAGCCUGAUGAUAUUGAUGAAUCUAGCCGUUACGCUCGUGUAACCGUCAAUACCUACGGAUCGCGAUGUCGGACAAAAUUCACUGUACUAAAUAGACCCAAAAAUGCAAAAGAAUGAACAAGAAAUUAUGUGGAAAAUUCAGUUGAUUUUAUCGUACGUCCUUGGUUUGUCGAUAUUCUUAAACUCAAUUUACACAUUCUUUUCUGGAACUACAAUAUUUUUUGUUGAUAUGUGAUUGUAUUUUUUAUGUAAUAUUGCUUAUAUAAUUAGAAAGGCAUUCACUUGACUACGUUGUAAUUGACUGUACACUUCAUUAAUUGCCCACAUUGCGAUGAUAAAAUCGUGAUUGCGAAAGGGAGAAAGACUAUAGUCAAUUGCUAACGUAAACAAAUUGAAAUUUCUCUAAAAUUACGUAUUAGAAACGCUGGAAAGCUAAUUUGUAUAAUAUUUUGAAUUCUGCUUAGAAGAAACAACAAUUACGGAAACCCUGACAGGUAACUGAGAAUUAAUUGUCGACAGAUACAUAGAUACAUCGAUAAAUUGCGUGUACAAAACUAUUGAUCGUCUCCAGAGUUUUCGCUUUGCAUGAAAUAUAGUACAGAGCAAUUAUGCUUGUAUGAUGAACAAUGCGAAUACUAACAAUCAAUAAGGUAUGUUAGAGCGAAGAAUUAUUGGAUUAGUUUUUAAAGCAAUAAAUUCUGAAGUUCUUUUUUAGUUGAUUGCCAGUUAUGUUGUAAAGCAAGAGAUUUGGUACAUUAUUCUGGGGACCAUACAGGAAAUGAGAUCUUACUAAGAAAAAUGUCAAAUUUAAGGAUUGUCUACAAUGCGGUCGCAAUUACGUUUUAGAGUCUUAGUACUAGUCUGAAUUUAUUUCAUAUAUUUAUUUCCUUUACGUAAACUCAUAAAACAUUACAAGUUUUAUUGAAUUUGUCAAUAAAGCUUUUAAUUUUUCACAAGUUUACGUAAAGAAAAUAGAUAUGAUAGAUAUGAUCGAUUCAGACUAGUGCUACGACUUUAAAACGUAACUACAACCGCAUUGUAGACGGUCCAUUAUAGGUUUUGUACAAUAAAACAUUAGUCAUAAGAUGAUUAACCAAGGUCGAUUAUUGUUGAAAAUAAUCAGCUGUGAUUAGUCAAUUUGCUUGCGACUUGUGACUAAUGGCUUAUUGUAAAAGGCUCAUUACAAUUAUAUUGAUAGUCGAAUGCACGAAGAGGUGACUUUUGGACACAUUGAUCGUCCUGCUUUGCUAUUUUUUUUGUUUCUGACAAUCUAAUUUCUUUCAACAGAAUUCUUGGUGUAUUAGAUAGAGCAAUCUUUUUUUUUUAAUUAGGAUAUAUAUUAUGUUGAUAAUAAUUGAUUUUAAUACUGCAGUAUUUAGAAUAUACACUAGUACGAUAUUGAAAUGAAAAAUAUUCUCCUUCUUUUUGAAAGCGAUGCACAUAUAGUUUCGAAGAUUGUUUUUGCAACCUAUAUAAACAUAUAAUGAUUAAUGCACAAAAACUGCAUCGUAUGUGUUAGCUGUACGAUUUUGUCUCAUUCAAUUUUGCAUAUAUUAUGCUUAAUCCCUAUGUCAACACAUGAUUGGGUCGUUGUACAAAGAUAACAGCUACAGUUAAAAAUCUGUCAUGCCAAAAUAUACCAUAAUUAUAUAAACUAUUAUUAAGAA